AUGGAUUAUAUUAAUUGUCAUAUUGCUACCCAGGUCAAAAAUAAAUUGCCUGCUCCUGUACAAAUUACGGCCGAACAACUUCUCCGUGAAGCCCAAGAAAGGCAAUUAGAAGGAAUUCCACCGCCACCGAAGCAAAAGAUUACUGAUCCCGAAGAAUUACGAAGUUAUCAGCUAAGGAAAAGGAAAGAUUUCGAAGAUAACUUGCGUAAGAAUCGGACGCUAAUGGGGAAUUGGUUGAAAUAUGCUAGCUGGGAAGAGAGUCAGCGCGAAAUUGAUCGGGCUAGGUCUAUUUACGAAAGAGGUCUUGACGUUGACCAUCGUAACACGGCAGUAUGGCUGAAAUAUGCUGAAAUGGAAAUGAGGAAUCGUCAAAUAAAUCAUGCCAGAAAUAUUUGGGAUCGAGCCGUCACUAUUUUACCUCGUGCUAAUCAAUUUUGGUAUAAAUAUACGUACAUGGAAGAAAUGCUUGGUAACAUACCUGCUGCACGUCAAAUUUUUGAAAGAUGGAUGAAAUGGGAACCAGAAGAACAGGCAUGGUUUUCGUACAUUAAAAUGGAACUAAGAUAUAAAGAGGUCGAUAAGGCGAGGAAUAUUUACGAAAGAUUUGUGGUCGUUCAUCCUGAUAUAAAAAAUUGGAUUAAAUUUGCAAGAUUUGAAGAGCAACACGGUGGCUCAGAGGAAGCUAGGAAAGUAUAUGAGCGCGCUAUGGAUUUUUAUGGCGAUGAACUUAUGGAUGAAUCUAUAUUUAUCGCUUUCUCUAAACUCGAGGAAAAGUGCAAAGAGUUUGAACGUGCUCGUAUGAUUUAUAAGUAUGCCUUAGACACAUUGCCUAAGGAAGAUGCCAAAGAAUUAUAUAAAAAUUUUACACAGUUCGAGAAAAGACAUGGGGAUCGAAUGGGCAUAGAGACUGUGGUUACUAGUAAACGUCGUCGUCAAUAUGAAGAGGAACUUGAAAGUAAUCCUCAUAACUAUGAUGUUUGGUUUGAUUACGUCCGACUAAUGGAAAAUGAGGAAGAUGAAGAAGCUAUUCGUGAAAUCUAUGAACGGGCUAUAGCUAACGUUCCUUUAAUUCAAGAAAAACGCUAUUGGCGCCGAUAUAUAUACCUUUGGAUUUAUUACGCCUUAUUUGAAGAAUUAGUGGCUAAGGAUGUAAAACGAGCACGAGAGGUCUACACGGCUUGCUUAAAUCUUAUACCUCACAAGAAGUUUACUUUUGCCAAAAUAUGGAUAAUGUUGGCUAAUUUCGAGAUUCGUCAAAAGGACGCUACUUCUGCCCGGAAGAUUUUGGGCAAUGCUAUUGGGAGAUGCCCCAAAGAGAAGUUAUAUAAAAGCUACAUUGAGUUGGAGCUACAAUUACGAGAAUUUGACAGAUGUCGACAGUUAUACGAGAAAUUUUUACAAUUUAAUCCUUCUUGUUGUACAAGUUGGGUUAAGUAUGCGGAACUUGAGACUAUUUUAGGUGAUGUAGAGCGUGCUAGAGCUAUAUUUGAGUUAGCCAUCAAUCAACCAAUAAUGGAUAUGCCAGAGGUUUUGUGGAAAAGUUACAUAGACUUUGAGAUUGGUCAAGAGGAGUACGAAAACGCUAGGAGUUUAUAUGAAAAACUGUUAGAAAGGACCCAACAUGUUAAGGUUUGGAUUAGCUAUGCUCUAUUUGAACUAAAUGCUGAAGAGAAUGGGGCAGUUGACCGUUGUCGUUCUACUUAUGAGCGUGCAAAUAAUGCCUUAAGGAAGACAGACGCUAAAGAAGAGAGAUUAAUGUUGUUGGAGUCGUGGAGAGAUUUCGAAGCACAAAACGGAAGUGAAAAGUUAGAUGCUGUACAAAAGUUAAUGCCUCGCAAAAUUAAGAAGAGACGAAAAGCACAAAAUGAGGAUGGGACCGACGGCGGUUGGGAGGAAUACUACGACUACAUAUUCCCGGACAGCGAAGAGAAUAUGCCUAACUUUAAACUUCUCCAAAUGGCAAAGAAAUGGAAAAUGCAGCAACAGACCUCGAAUUAA